UGCACGGGGAAAGGGGGUCUGCCUCCCUGGGAAAUGAUCCGAGGGGACCCAGCUCCCGCUCAUCCGCCCCCUUGAGCCACCCAGGACCGAAUUAAAAACCGGGAAGCAUCACAGGAAUUGUAGCCAUGAAUGAAGAGAACGCGGAUGGAACAAACGGCUGCGGCAAAGUACGCACUGGUACUCAGAAUGAAGCAGCCUUGCUGGCUCUGAUGGAGAAGACUGGCUACAACAUGGUGCAAGAAAAUGGUCAGAGGAAAUUUGGUGGUCCGCCUCCAGGUUGGGAAGGUCCACCUCCCCCCAGAGGCUGUGAGGUUUUUGUUGGGAAGAUACCUCGUGACAUGUAUGAAGAUGAGUUGGUUCCUGUAUUUGAAAGGGCUGGGAAGAUUUAUGAAUUUCGGCUGAUGAUGGAGUUCAGUGGUGAAAACAGAGGCUAUGCGUUUGUGAUGUACACCACUAAAGAAGAAGCCCAGCUAGCCAUCCGCAUUCUUAACAAUUAUGAGAUUCGUCCAGGGAAGUUUAUCGGUGUGUGUGUUAGCUUGGAUAAUUGCAGGUUAUUUAUUGGAGCAAUUCCCAAAGAAAAGAAAAAGGAAGAAAUCUUGGAUGAGAUGAAGAAAGUUACAGAAGGUGUUGUGGAUGUGAUUGUUUAUCCAAGUGCAACUGACAAGACCAAGAACCGUGGCUUUGCGUUUGUUGAGUAUGAGUCCCACAGGGCUGCUGCAAUGGCCAGGAGAAAGCUGAUUCCAGGAACAUUUCAACUUUGGGGCCACACCAUUCAGGUAGAUUGGGCUGAUCCAGAGAAAGAAGUUGAUGAGGAAACCAUGCAGAGAGUUAAAGUUCUCUAUGUAAGAAAUCUAAUGAUUUCAACUACAGAGGAAACAAUUAAAGCAGAAUUCAAUAAAUUCAAACCUGGUGCAGUGGAACGAGUAAAGAAACUUAGAGAUUAUGCCUUUGUUCACUUCUUCAACCGAGAAGAUGCAGUGGCCGCUAUGUCUGUUAUGAAUGGAAAAUGCAUUGAUGGAGCCAGUAUUGAGGUAACACUGGCAAAGCCAGUGAAUAAAGAAAAUACUUGGCGACAGCAUCUCAAUGGCCAGAUCAGUCCAAAUUCUGAAAACCUGCUUGUAUAUGCUAACAAAGAAGAGAGCCACUCCAAAACUCUAGGCAAGACUCCAGCUCUUCCCACUCGCCUCAACGGUCAGCAUAGUCCCAGCCCCCCUGAAAUUGAAAGAUGUACUUACCCCUUUUUUCCUGGAACAAAGCUUACCCCAAUUAGUAUGUAUUCUUUAAAAUACAAUCAUUUUAAUUCUGCAGUGAUGCAUUUGGAUUAUUACUGCAACAAGAAUAAUUGGGCACCACCAGAAUAUUAUUUAUAUUCAACAACCAGUCAAGAUGGAAAAGUACUUUUGGUAUAUAAGAUAGUUAUUCCUGCAAUUGCAAACGGAUCCCAGAGUUACUUCAUGCCAGAUAAACUCUGCACUACUCUGGAAGAUGCAAAGGAACUGGCAGCCCAGUUCACGCUGCUUCAUUUGGACAGGGAACACAGUCUCUUCAGCCUGGACCUGUGUCGAAGAAUUUGGAGAAAAUAAGCAGGUCCUUUCUGAUGUUGCUUGAGCUUACUCUCCUGCAGUUGGUCUCAUUCCUGUUGGUUACAUAUUAAGUCCCAUGACAACAUAAAGUUGAUGCACACGUGUUGUAGGGCUCAUAGUGAAUGAUACAGGGAAGAAAACUUGACUUGUACAUUAAAUGACCUAUUCCACUUCCCAUUACAACAGCACAGCUUCUACCAAUGAUUAUUUUACAAUUGCAGUCGCCGCUUUGAAUACACUGCAGUAAAGAGCAUAGUUGAGUUUUUGGAAAGUACAGGAUCUACAAAUUUGGUCAAUAAAACACACACAUACAGAAAUACUAUAAUUAAGGAAGCAGGAAAUUAUUGGUACAUAAGAUGAACGGUUGUUUGAAAUAGUAAUUUCAAAUAUAAUUGUUUUAAUAAUUUGGUUAAUUUUAGAUAUUUUUCUAUACUAUUAGGUUGAUAAUGGUUUUUGAAGUUCAUUUGGUAGAGAUGAUUCAUUUUACUGUUUUGUGGUACCAGUGAGACUCUAAUGUUAAAUUGAUGUAUUUGGUUAUAUGAAUGUUUGUGCCAACAUUUAAAUAAUGAAAUUUUGGACAGUUAGUUUGUACCAGAUGUCAGGGGCAAAUGUUUGUGCUGGUUUAAUGCUUGAUAUAGUUUCAAAAAAGAAAAAAGAAAGAAACCGAAUUUGCUGUUCUUUUUUUCCUUAUAUAUCAGACCCAAAUUUAAAGAAACUUCUUUGUUGAUUAAAGAGAAAUCAGAGGUUCUCUUUUUCUGUAUUAAAAAGAAAAAGAUAGCCAGAAUGUCCUAUUGUGAAAUCUCCCCAGCAGUGUUGUCAGUUAAGGAGAGUCCUGAUUUGAUGUAACUGUUAUGUUUGCACUGCAGUGAUAGUAAUCCACCACCAUAACGGUAUCACCAAGUAUUUAAAUGUUAGAACAUUAUGUUAAAACAUGAUUGUCUGAAUGUUUGUCUCUUGAAUUAAAUUUGUGUCCAUAAAGAUGUGCAGUAUAAUUGUUCAUAUAUAUUUAUUUACAGACUACAAUUUCCGUCGCAGCUCAAUAAAUAGUCUUUCCCCUGUUAGCGCUACCCUCUCUUCUGGGACGCCCAGCGUGCUUCCUUAUACUUCAAGGCCUUAUUCUUAUCCAAGUUAUCCCUUGUCACCAACAAUAUCACUUGCUAAUGGCAGCCAUGUUGGACAACGACUAUAUAUCUCCAAUCAGGCCUCAUUCUUCUGAAGAAAAUCUGGGUACAGUAGUAUAAAUUUUCUUUGUAUAAGGCAUGAAAAUUAAAGUACUGUUGUAUUUUAGAAUUGAGUUUGCACAUUUGACUUUAAAAACAAUAUAUUUUAACAUAUUAAACAUUAACUGUAAUUCAGAAUGACAAGAGUGGUAGAAUUAGCAGAGAUGCACUUAAAAGUUACUCAGUGGUAGCAAACUACCACUGUUCUUUGUGAACUUUGGGACUUUCUAAUUCCUAGUUUGAAAAGAUUCCAGUAGUUUAUGUUCUUUUUGUAUAACAACUUUGUAAAGCAUCAUUUCAUAACUAUUGAAGUACUUAAAGACAGUGUUUACACUAGACUAGAUUACCAAGGAUCACUAUCUGUAGUGGAGUUCGGAAUAGUUAUGUAACCAGAAGCAUCUAACUAUUAUGUAGAAAGAAAUGAUGAGACAAAAAAGAUUAAGAUGCAAAUUUUUGGCAGUCAUAAUGAAAAAAUCAGUCAACCAUUGUGGUCCUUGAAGUAACUAAAUAUUUUUGUUAAUAUUUGUUACAUGAAUAAAUUAUAAUUUUGCUGUUAAUAAAUUUAAGGUUUUUAUAGUUAUAUUUCAUGUAUGUUUUGAUAUUCAUUGUUUUGGCAAGAAGUGUUAAUGUUUUUAAAUGUUGAAAUCAUGUGUUAAUUUUUAUAAUUCAGAAUCUUCAAUAUUAAAUAUAUGUUGCUACUAA